CAACCGCAGCAGCUUCGCCACACCAACCAGCACGAGAAGUGUGAGCCUUCAGGGUACCAGCAUGAUGACCCCACCAGCUACUCCGAGUACUCCUGUUGAGAACACAAGCAGGGAAGAAUCAAAAUGGCAGACGAAGUUAGGUUCUGCACUGGCAGUCGUGCUGGGUGACGUGCCUGUGGUGCAACAGACAGACCACUUCAAGGCAAAGCUGAAGCUGGCGCCGAGGAACAAGUGGUUCAAGGCAGAGUAUGACGCCUGUAUAGCACGAGCAUCCUGUGAUCUCAGUAGGCAUUUAGAUGAAGCUAGAAAGAACUUUGCAGUAUGGGAAAAGCAAUUCAUUGUCAACAUAGGAAGACUGCCAAUUUUGUCUGAUGUUAGUAGUGAUCAGGAGGCUUCUGAACUGCAAAAGAGAAUCAGAUAUGCAGAACACCUCUUGCGACAUUUUGGAGUCGACUUGUACAAGCAAUAAUUUGCCUUAGAUACUUUCAUCUUCUCAUAAAAUAUCUGAACCAUUAUAUAGUUUUGGAACAACAUUGCUAAGCAACUGAUUUCUGAUUAGCAACCCCCUGCUUUUGCAUUUUUUUUAAAAAUUGAUUUCUACAUUAAAUACAAUAUUGAUGUCAAGAUUGAUGCGAGAUCACGUGGCGUAGCUGUAAAGCGUGUUUGCGAUGGAUCGAAUCUUUCUGUUUGGAGUUGGUGAUUCUCUACAAAUUACCCGAAUGGAGGCCUGACGAACCUCCGUCUCGUAUCAGCCACACGGUGACUUACAGUUACAUCAUUCACCCAGAUAGGAGACCUAGCGCAUCUCCGACUUGUAAUUAGCCAGUGAAAGAGUAUGUCACCCCGUAAGGGGCGGUAUAACCCCGCCGUGUAUAAGAGAUGAUGAUGUAAAAUACAAAGAGUGCAAAGGUGUUUGAAAAAACUGUGAUUAUGAUGCAAAGGAAUAUGUGCCUCUUAGUCAUGAGUCCUCUUCCACACCGUAUGAAGAGCCCAAUAUGUGCAAUCGCUUUCUAUUUAGAAAGUUUUUACCAUUAAGUUGUUGUCAUUCAGAAUUGUAGCACAGAAAAGAGAGAUAUGAUGUUGGUGGAAAAUUUUCAAUGAACUUUAUGUGUAAAUUUUCUUGAUCUUGUAAAUAUCAUAAGUUCGAAAAAGGAAUGUAAUUCAAGUAAGAGUUACAAUCAUUUGUUACAAGUAUAUAUAUUUGCCAUUCAUAAGAAAGGAUGAUAUUGUGUGGAUAUUGAACCUGUAACCCACAUGACU